AUGGGGUCACAAUGGGCAAUCAAUGUUCCCCUGCUCCAUGACUGGAUACUGGUUGGCGCUGGGAUAUGUGCAAUAGGACUAUGGGCUUGGACAGAGAAGGACAUGUUCUCCAAUAUAGGACAGAUCACCAGUGUGACCCUAGACCCCGCUCUAUUCUUCAUCGUCACUGGUGGGGUCAUGUUCAUCAUCGGCUUCUGUGGCUGUAUCGGGGCCCUCAGGGAGAACACCUGUCUGCUCAUGUUUUUUUCUGUGGCAGUUGGGCUGAUUUUUGCUAUGGAACUCCUUAUUGGUAUUUUGGCAUUUGCAUACAAAGAUUGGGUAAGUAAAUCUCUUAUAAAGAAAAUAAACUAG